AUGAACAGCAGCUACUUUGACAGUGAAAGUUCUAGUAGGGAGAAUGAUCCCCUGACUAGCGACUUUGAUUUCUUGGAGACUGCAACCCAGUACUUGAACACGACAGAUGGCUUCUUCCGAAAUGCACCAACAUCACUGAACGAUGAUCAGGAACAAUCUUCGUCCACUUCUUCCUACCCUCCCGCUUCAGCCUUCCACUCGCCUGCGCGUUCUCAGCACAGUCAGCACAACAUGUCAAAUCAAAGAAGUGCUGAUACAUCUAGCGCAUCAGCAGCCUCCUGGAACUCGACAAACGCGAAUAGUCAAAUGUCGACUUAUACUCCUAGUUUUAUUUCGCACUACAUGAUUCCGUGGCAACAAGAGGAGGAGAAGCCGUCUUCUUGGGACGACGAAUCUGAUGAUGAAGAAGAGAACGAGCCAUUCAGGGAUGAACCUCAAGCAAAGAUGGGCAAAGGAUCAGAUGCAUCUGUCGUUUCCAAGCGCAGCAGAAAGAAAUCCCGUAGAAAGUCUCCAGGAGUCUGGGACCUUUUGUGCAUGGAAAUAGAAAUUCCGAUUCAGGUGGCCUAUGCCGUCCUCAUGCUAUUGAUCGGUCUAACUGGUUUAUGCUUUGUGAUUGGAUAUAAAUCUGAACAGCAAGGGAAACAACGAAACUCAAUGGCAUCUCUAGUUCUUACGCCUGUGGCCCCGCCAGCAUCAACUUUGGCACCUACCGUCAUGACGGCAAUGCCUUCUCCAGCUCCCUCUGUCCCAGCGACCCUACAGCCAACUCAAUGCAACAAAAAUAUAUUGUCUGUGGAUAAGUUGUGUUAUGUCGCUGGUGACGACGGAAUCUUGCUUGAAUUCGACGUCUGCAACACGCGAGAGAGUGACUGGAUUGCGAUUUAUCCCAUGAGCACUACCAUUCUGCUGGACGAUUACGAAGAAUGGUCGUGGUCAUGCGGUACCAAACUUUGCGAAGCAUAUCCCAAGACGAACGACUUUGUCAUUAGCACGGAGCGCCUCCUAGCAGAUGGAUUGUACCGAGCCUACUAUAUGAGAUACAAUAAUGAUGGGACUCCGUUUGCAAGUGUUGCAAUGAGCGAGAUAUUUCAGAUCUCAAACAGAUGCAUGUAG